CGUUUAUAUUGAGUAAUACAUUAACGAAAGACUCGUUCGUUGGUAAGGAUUGUGAUUGUGAAUGAAUACGUGACGUGUGAAACUGAAGAUCCUCUUUUUAAGAAUCUGUUGUAGUUUAUGUUUGCAUUUUAUUUUCUUUAAAUUACUGUGAAUUCCAUUAUAAAAGGUUUAAACCUUAUAAGCAUGAAAAUGGGAGAAGACACUCCUGUUUCAGCCCUAGUGCUGCCUAUAUUGGUUGGACCUAUUUUAGACAAGAUUGAGCGAAAGGAUAUUACAGCAGCACAGACUCUUAAAUCUGCUAUAUCAAAGGUUGAAAGUACACAUCCAGGGUUCUUAUAUGAUUUAGUUAUGGGGCUGGUGAAGCAAGCAGAUGUUUCAGUUAACAUGGCUGAAAGUCUUCUUAAAUUACAGGGAUCAGUUCCUGAUUGUGAAGAAUAUAAAUCAUCUCGUCAUGAAGAUGCUUUCCAAGAACUGAACAAAAAAUCUUCAUCUCUGAAAAGAAUCCUAAGUCGAAUACCUGAUGAAAUCAAUGAUCGUAAAACAUUUUUAGAAACAAUCAAGGAAAUCGCUAGUGCCAUAAAAAAACUUCUUGAUGCUGUAAAUGAAGUUUCAGGGUAUAUACCUUCACCUACAGGAAAGCAGGCUUUAGACCAGAGAAAACGAGAAUUUGUCAAAUACUCCAAGAGAUUUAGCAAUACAUUAAAAGACUUUUUUAGAGAAGGACAAUCACAAGCUGUUUUCCUCAGUGCCAUUUGUCUAAUACAUCAGACAAAUUUAAUCAUGAUUACAGUUAAGCAUAAAUGCGACUGAAAUAUUUAUCUGUUUCAAUGCAUUUGUGGAUCUCAUCCAAGAAAAUAUUUGAAGUUGGUCUUUUAGAGCACAUCUGAUUGAAGAAGUGCUAUGAAACUUCUAUUUCAAUUUAGAAGAUAUUUCAUUUUUAUAUAUCAGUGAAGAUUUAUGCCGAGACUGAAUUAUUUUUGAUUAUAUGCCUUCACUUAAAAAAAUCAUUCUUUAAAUAAAAUUAUGCUAUAUUCGUGUAAUUUUUAAUAAUUUAACUAUUCCAAAGUGACAUAAUGUUCCACAUUGGGAUAGUAAUCCAUAGUUAUACCAAAUUCAGUAGUUAUAUAUCUUAUGUCUUGUAUUGAUUGAUCAUUUGUGGACAUUUUUUUUAUACUUAAGAUGUUAGAAUUUUUAACAGAUAUAUUUGAGAUCUUCCUUAACAAGAUUCUGCUCUACAUUGUAUUAUUAUAUCCAAGAACAAUUAGUUAUAUAACUAUUAAAUUUUAUGAUUAUGUUAUAUAUGGUAAGAAUUUCAGUUUAUUUUUUUUAUUAAGUGCUAGUUCAGAGCAUUGUUUUUCAUUUGUGUUCUUUUGCUUUUGCCUUGUUGUGAUGUAAGUGAUGUAGUUUAAGUGUUUGUGACUUAUUUUCACUAUUUCAAGUUUAUACUUUGUGUUUCAAUGUUUGAAUUUUGCUAUGUAUAAUAGUAUUUCUAAAUUUAAAAAUAGUUUUAGUAAGUAGAAUUAAAAUAUUUUUCAAUGUGAUUCGUAUAUAUAAUAAUAAAACUUUGAAUCUUAAUAUUUGUAUUUUCCAUAGACAAUAAGAGUUCUCUCUCUUUUUUUUUUUUUUUUUUUUUUUGGCUGGUUGUGUAGAGCAGUUUGAAAAAAGAUUUAGACCUUUUUAGAAUUCCAGAUCUUUGUUUAAGCAAUUUAGUUAACUAUUUUGCAUUAGGAAAAGGAAACUGCUUACAUGUUUUAAAAUCUUUAUUUUUUAACUUGUUUUAUGUAUGUAUUUUUUUGCCAGUAUUAUAGGAAACGUUUACUGUAUACUGUUGAUAAUAUUAGUCGUUUAAGCAUCAUUAAAUUUAACACAUAAUUAAAUUUGAUAUUAAUUUUACUUUUACUGCAAAAUCUAAAAAAUCUAUAAAUUGAAUGAUAAUUUUAAUUUUUUUAUGAUCUAACAUGCUAAUAAUUUUAUAUUGAAUAAUUAUAAAUAUUUCAAUAACUAUAAUAUUUUAGAAAUUGUGAAUAAAUAAAUUUUUUCCAAAUGUUGAAUGUAAAAUACCGUAAUUUUGGGUAGAAAACCCACCUUAUCAUGUAAGCUGCAACAUGAAUAAUUGACUAAAAAAAAUUAAAGUUCAUCAGAUCAGCCACUCUACCGUAUAUAAUGCCUCAAAGAAUUCUGAAACAUGGAACUUAAAUAUUCAUUUAUUCAGUAAUUGUCUUCCAUAUUAAUGUAAUCAUCAUUGAUAACAUUUUGUAGUAUGCCAGCAUAAAUAUAAUUAGUAAUAUAUAAAUAAAUAAAAAAUAAAUACGCUAAAAACAAACUUUUCUGAUUUCUAAUAGAUGUUAUUUUUAUUGAUUUGGUAAACUUUUGUUUAGCACCAUAAAUUACCGUAUUAUGAAAAAAAUACAUAAAUUAUAUAAUCAAACAGAAUUUUAUAAUUAAAAUAAACUACAUUUAUUUAUACCAAACUUCAAAAUUCAGUUUAUCAAUGUCAAAAUUAAAUAAAUUUAUCAAAUAACCAUCAAGGUCACUUUUAUCAUUCUGUUCUGAAUCACUUCUUUCGACAUUGCUCUCUUCAUUUUCACUUUCUUUUUUGAUAAUUUUGGAUUUAAUGAAGGCUGAUAUGAUCAUGUUAGUUUGAACUGAUUGCCAUGUUUUUCAACUCGUAAGGCUGCCUCUUCGUACAAAACUUUUUACAUCAAUCUGGAAUUUGUGAAAGAAUGGAGUCCACUUCACAUCUAUUCCUCCCACAGCUUCUGCAGUCUGUGCUUAAAAAUUCUAUUCAUGUAGAGAUCCAGUGGCUGUAAAGUUUUUGUCAACCUACCUGAUAUUACUGAAAUAAUACUGCUGAAUGUUUUUACUUCGAAUUUUACUCUACCCACUUAAUGGGAUCGCAUUGAAUCCCCAAGGUUGGAAAAAAGCACUUUUCCUUUUUCAAUAAAUUUCUCUUGGCCAAAACAACAACAUUUUUUCACAUAUCCAUCAUUUUCCAUUGGAACAAAUAAUGACCCCUUGAGGGAAAUUUCCUUUUUGAACACUGUUUUUUCUUUUGAAAAUUAUCAAAGAGGUUAACUUCUUUCCAUUAGUAGCACAACCCAAAACAUAAGUAAAAGAAAUCCUUUCAUUCCUGGUUGUUAAUACAGAAAUAAUUUUUCACCUGUUGAAUGAACAGUCUUGCUUGGAGGAUAGUCAAAAGUAGCAGGCACUUCAUCCAUAUUAAUUAUUUGCCCUCUACUCAAAUUUUGUUCGCUGAUUUUCUUAGAUGUGUACUUCCAAAAAAUUUUAUCAUUUUCCAGUCCAGUCCAGUCCAAGCUUCUGUCCAACUGUUGUUUUUGUCCUGACAAAUAGUUUCUUUCGCUUCAUAAAUCUGAAACACCAAUUAGGUCCUUCAAGAGACUUUAGUGACCUUUUGUUCAGCUAUUACUUUUGCUUGAAGGCUAAUUCUAACUGUUGACACUGAUAAUAACUUUUCUGUCCGCACUGUUCUCCAUUUCUCUAAAUUAUCUUUCUAAACAGGCCAGGCUAUGAUGCCAGUCCAACAAGAUCUUGAGCAUUUUCCCUAAUUAUUGUCCGUACUUCCACAACUGACUGCAUCUCUCAUCAAUUUGAAAUUUUCUAGCCUCAGCCCAAUUUCUAAUUUCUGUUAUUUUCGUCAUUGCCGAAAGCUUAAAAGCAACUAUGUAACUUUUUCUUUGAGUAGAAGCAAUACUACUAAUAUUUUUUUUAAUUCAACAUGUGCAAACAAUAAAAUAAUCACUGCAACAAAUAAGCAAUAAGAAAGCAGUGAGAUAUAUGCAAGAAUGAACUUGGCAAAAUAAGUUUCAGUGGCCAUUAAGAAUCAUCAGAAAUUGAUCAUCAGAAAACUUGGUCAGUGCCACAGAGUUCAGCAGAAAGCACAUGUAUUAGUCUUAGUGCAUUCUACUAUAGUUGGGCAAAUUUCAUAACGAGUUCAGACUUGUUGCACUGCCUUAGCAUAACCUGAGUGCUUGUAACAGGCUAAAAUAUCACCAGGGAAUUCUAUAAUGCAUAACUUGCAAUAUAGACUAGAGCAGUUAAAGGCAGAAUAGAAUUCUUUCAGAUAUGCCACAGACCAAAAUUUGUAACUUUUUAAGUAUGUAUAAGCAGUGGCUUAUCUCCCUGAAAUUACAAUAAUUAAAAAUUUAUUCAAUAUAUAUAUAUAUGUGCACACUGUCAUAGAAACAGAUUUCUUAAAUUUUAGGGGAAAUAAUUCCUCUUCUUUUUUUUUUAAAAUUUUUUUAUGCCAUUUUUAACUUUUAUCUUAAAAUCCAUUGUUUCAUGUAAAAUAUACUAUAUUUUAGUUAGACUGUUGUUCAGUAUAUAGUUCAGAUGUUUUACUGCACAGUUCCUAAUUAAUCUUGUAAACUUAUAUCACUAAAUAUUUUUUAAAGCUUCCAGGUAAUAUUUUAUAAUAACCUAAUUUAUGAAUAAUCAUAAGAUUCAUUAUCAGAGUAAUUAUGUGUCAUGUAAAAUGGUUGAUGUAAUCUGUAUCAAUAAUAAAUUAAUAGAUCAGCGAGUUUUAAGUUAUUAUUAAAAUUAUGUGAUACAUUAAACUUUUAAACUCUGAAAUUUGAUGGUGUAAAUUAUAUUUGUAUUUAUUUCAGAGCACAUAAUUGUAGAAAAUCAAUAUAUUUUUAAAUGUAAUUUUAUUAAUGUAAAAAGUUAAUCUAUUUUUAAGUGUAAUAAACAGAAUGACCUGUAAGAAGGUAAAAGGAUAUUGUCCUGUAUUGAUGGUUUUGUGUGUGUAAUAAAUGAACAUCAAUAUCAGUAAGUGAACUUGUACCACUAAACUGUAUGUAUUGUACUGCUAUAUUGUGUUAUUGUAUGCAUGAGCAUAUAUUUAUUAGAGGAACCUGAUUCUAAAAAGUACUUUAUGUGUGUAUUUGUAAAGUGCAACACUAAAUUUUCAAAAGAUAUAAAUUAUCUUUUAUUAUACUAGAAAAGUCUCAGUUGAGCCCCCCCCCCCCAAGAAGAAUAUUGUAAUGAACUGUCAUUUUCCACCUAUAAAGAAUUGCAUCAUCAUGCAUGUUGCAUGUCUUUUAAAUAUUCACUCAUAUAAACUUCAUUUCAUAGCUUCUUAAGCAUUAGCAGUAUACAGCAUUGAAAGUAUUCAACUUUCAACUGUAAACAAAAAGUAUAAUUUUGUUUGGGAAUUUAUUCAAGAUUAGGACAUUUCUUAUAAUGAUGGAUGAAAUCACAUUCAAGCAGAGGUCAGGAAUAAAAGUUAUAUCAUAAUGGAAUCUAAUUCAUAGAAUAAAGCAUUUAUGUGAGAAUGUGAACUUUGUAUGUUCAUUGUAGAUUUGAAUAUUUUUCUGUAACAACCUUAUUUAAAAGUAUGUAGAAUUAAAAAAAAUGUGAUUGCCAUCAUAAUAAUUAGAAUAUUUUUAAAUAUCCUGUUUUAAAACUUUGAGUUGGGUUUGAUCAAUGGAAAGUGUAUGAGGAUAUCUGCAUAAACUUCAUCAGUUUUAACCAAGGAAAUCCAAGAGGUGCUGGAUCUGAGGUCUUUUACACUCUUUCCCUACCAGUUGUUUUUCAAGAGUACUUUUGGAUCAAUAUAUUUAUGUUUUCAUUCUUCAUUGAUGUUACAUAUACAGUUAUCCAUAACUCAUUCAAAAUUUACAUUCAUUUCAAUGUCAUUGUAGGCAACCUCUGAAUACCACCAUACUACUAAAGGCAGCUAUAUAAAACCUUGAAAAUACAGCGACUCAAAUAUAUGAAUGUUUAGUGAAAAAGUUUAAAAACAAAGUUGUGUAAAUUUAAUCACUACUAUUAUAAGAUCACAGGGAAUAAAUAUUCUUCAUAUAUAAAGUGAGCAUAAAUUCUGUCUCACAUAAAUUUUAAUCAUUGGGUAGGAAGUUAUUUUCAUACCCAUGAUUGAGUUAUAUGCAGGGAUUGGUAGCGUAGUUAUUUUAAAUUAUGUAUAAGUUUUUUAUUUUGAGUUCUAAGAGGAUAAAUUUUUCAUAAAUCAAAUUGUUAUUACUUUCAUUUAAAAGGCAGUUAACAUUCCUGCAUGUGCAUUUGAUGAAAGCUCUUGAUAUGCUCUGCAGCAAUACAUUUAUAGCAUGGUAUGUAUGUGUUUUAAAUGGUGUAUUUCAUUCCAUGUGAAAUCUCUUAAAACAAGAGUACUGUUAAAAUUAUUGAAAUGAAUAUUUUUAAGCAUUAUGUACAAAAUAUUAAAAUUUAAACAGUAAGAAAAUUUUGAAAAAAAAAAAAAAAGUUUCUUUGUGAAUGUUUACAGAUGUCAGUACAUGGUGCUGGUAUUUUAUGAACUUGUAUUGUUAUGGGCUACCUGUGAUAAUAAAUAUAAGUAAUUUGUCUUAUGUUUUAAUUUAUGUAAAAAGUGUGAUUAAAGAAAGAUUUUAACACGAAA